AUGUCCCGAAAGAAGCUGCCGGCGCCGGCGCCGGCCGUGGUCUCCACCGGCUGCUCCAGCCUCAUGUCCUGCCUCCCCCUCCACCGCCGCGGACCAGCGGCGAAUCCGCGUCGGAGGAACGACGCGGACGGCGGGGGCGACGCUGUCGCGGCCGCGGAGCAGUACUGGAAGAGGGUGCAGUUCUUGGAGGAGGAGAUCAGGAGGCUGAGCAAGUGGGUGGGCCAGGAGGAGAGGCCCGCGCCGGCCGCUGAGUGCGUCGUCAGGGGCAGCGCCAAGGCCACGGAAGAGCACGGCAGCGCGGCCACCAACAAUGAGCGCGUCAGGAACGGCGCCAAGGCCAGGGAGGAGGGUGGCAACGCGACCGUGGCCAUGACAACCUCUACCAAGAGGUGCAUUAGCGUUGUUCACGGCGCCGGCGCCGGCGUGGAGGGGAUUGUGAGGCUGGAGGAUGGGAGCUACCUGCGCGAGGUCAGGCGUGUCGGGCGACCGUGGGAGCGGCUGGCCGUGCAGGUAUCGCGGCCCGUCGUUCCCGAGGACGCGGCGAGCGUGGCGGAGGUUCUUGACAAGAUGACGGCGAUGAGGGCCGAGGACCUGUGCAAGUUCCUGAUUCAAAUAAUGCCAUUAAAGGACAUCGCCGGCCAGCAGAACCCCGGCGAUCCCGUGCGCAGGACGGCGAGGCUGAGCUCAGGGGACGACCUCGUGGAAGCUCUCAUUUUCAAAUCAAUGGACAAGCUGGAAGGGUUGGUCCUGGAAGGCCUGAAGAUCCAGAUGGCCUCAGCGGCUACCGAUUCUGGCACGGCGCCCGCGCCUGUCGCCGCCGACCGGCAGCGGCACGAGGCGGUCAGUAAAGAUUGCUUGGUCCACGUGGUUCUGAUGCAGGUGAGGGAUCCAAAGGAAAGGUACGGCGCCAUUGGUGACCUCAUGAUUGGACUGAUUGAGGAGUCUCUGGAGAGCAAGGAUGGCAAGGUGAAGCUGGAGGUGCAAGGGAUGCACGUUGCUGGGAUCAGCUUCGUAAACAGGAAGCUAGGUGUUGGCAGAUGCAUGAUGUGGAGUGCUUCUCUGAGACGAUGCAAGGGAUCCCACAAUGGCGGCGGCGGCGGCGACUGCUGCCGGUGCAAUUGUGUUCGGAAUCCGAACCGUGUCUUCCAACGAUAG